AUGACAAACUUUCAGAUCCCGGAGGUACUCGUCGACCUGCAGGACGCGAUCAUGGGCAGCACUCUGGCCAGAUGUGCAGCCACAGACCUCGGCAUCCAAUGGGCCGGAUGGGCUCUGGCUGCAGCGUUCAAAACUGAGAAGUUCUACGAUUUGGCAGGAUCUGGUACAUUUAUACUGCUCGCCCACCUGAGUCGGAUCUGGGGAGGAGCCAAGCAUGUCCGCCAGAAUGUGCAGACAGGGCUGGUGACAGCAUGGGGACUCAGGCUGGGGACAUUCCUCUUCAUGCGGAUCUUGAAGGACGGUCAUGAUCGCAGGUUCAACAAUGUCAGAGACAGCCCAGGGACUUUCUUUGUAUAUUGGUCUAUUCAAGCUGUGUGGGUAUUUAUGACCCUCCUGCCCACCCUCAUGCUUAACAGUGAGACGCGAGAUGUGCCUCUGGGAACGAGGGACUAUGUCGGCUGGGCUAUAUGGGGCCUUGGCUUUGCCACCGAGGCUAUUGCUGACCAGCAGAAAUUGCUUUUCAAGCGUGACCCAGAUAAUGCAGGAAAAUUCAUCCAGAGUGGACUGUGGGCUUACAGCAGACACCCAAAUUAUUUGGGAGAGAUCAUGCAGUGGUCAGGUCUGUGGCUCUCAGCCUCCUCGGUCAUGCAGGGUCACCAGUACCUGAGCGUGGCGUCACCUCUCUUCGUUUGGUUCUUGCUACGUUACGUGAGCGGCAUCCCCAUCCUGGAGAAGCAGGCCAUGAAGAAAUGGGGAUCUGACCCAGGCUUCCAGGACUACAUCAAAAACACUCCUCUUCUCUGGCCAUUGCCUAAAUUUUGAUGUUUAAACAUUUGUCAUGAUAUUUAAACUUUCAUGUACCAAUAAUUACCUCAAAGACAGAAUACACUCUCAACUGAAAUGUAUAUGAUUUUGAAUGUAGUAAGUUUUUCAUUAUUAAAAAGGUCUUUAGAGAAAAUAUCAGAAAUGCUCCUUUUCGUCCAGCAGGAGGAGAGCCAUACAUUUGUAGUAUAACUACAAGUCAUGGACAUUCAGGGUGUUGUGUGAAGGAACCAGAAUAUAGUCAGACCAAAAUUUGCACGUACAUUUACAUGCUGUUUAAUGGGCUGCAGCUAAUUAGCUAUCAAGCCAGUGAAUGUUUGUCUAGAGGCUCAUUCAACAAGCUACAGUGCAGGACAAGACAUAUGUUCAUGUUUAAGUAAGAUAAGGAGACUUUAGCAGGGAAGAUAUAAUGUGGGUCAUUCAGAGUCUUGUGUCUCCUUGUGUAUCAGGAUGCGAUCAGGCUCAGUGUAACGGUCUAGUCUGCUGAAGAUAAGACACCACGUUAUUAUGCUUUGGGCAAGAUUUGAUUUGCUGAAUGUAAAGUUUUCCAUCUACAUACAUGGAUAACUACUUUUUGUUGAAUGAAUGCAGAAAUGUGGCAUCAAAAUUAAACCAAAGAUUGUACAUUUCUUCCCUUUUUUCUGUUGAAUGAGGACAUGCAGACUGAGCAGAUGAUUGUUGUAGCAGAAAAAACAUGAAAUCUAAUUUUAGUUGGGCUUUUGAGUGCUAUGAACACUACGGUCGAAAUUCACAUGUG